GGCAGCCAUGGAUUCGUUCAAAGGGCAAGGUGAAGGAGGCAUUCAGAUGUUGCUAACUGCAGAGCAAGAGGCUCAGCACAUAGUUUCAAGUGCUAGAAACAUGAAGAUGGCCAGGCUAAAGCAAGCCAAAGAAGAAGCCGAAAAGGAGGUCGCCCUUUACCGCUCCCAAAUGGAAGUUGAAUACCAAAAUAAAAUAUCGGAGUCAACCGGAAGCUCUAGAAAUACAGUGAAGAAACAUGAAGAGGAAAUUGACAGGAAGAUUAAGGCUUUGACGAAAUCAACCACGAUGGUAUCAAAAGAAGUAGUUGACAUGCUCAUUGAACACAUUACUGUAAAGUCAACAAUGGAGGCUAUAGAGGGGGCACCAUUUUUUUUUGCAUGGGUUUUCAACAAAAGGGGCACCGAUUUCGGUGCCCCAAUUCUUUAA